AUGAACACUGGUCGAACAAGUAAUGAUAGAAUCAACAACGAUCUAAAGUUCAAUGGUCGUCUAGUGGAUAUUGAUGACGAUGACUACAACAUAAAUGAUAGCAUCAACAACAACAACAAUGACAUCAAUAAUAACAACAACAAUACAAAAUACAUUGACAGUGACAGCGAUGAUGAUGACGAUGAUGAAGAUGACGAUGAUGAUGAAGAUGAUGGAAACAACAGUAGAUCAAAGAGAAAGGUGUAUACAGAGUCACUAUCAUCACUCUCAUUGGAGUCACCGAUCUAUCACUUCCUCGAGAUGUCUGACUCGUCAUCCAAUCACUCCAACCGAGGCUCCAGAGCAAACUCCGAAGUCAACUCCACUGUCAAUCAGUUGUACCAAGACCUUCACAAAGAGUUCAAUGUUGUAAUAUAUAGAGAUAGGAUAGUAUUAUCCCCAACGAGGAUACCUGACAAGACUGAUCAGAAUAUGGAAUGCUUGGUCAUUGAUAGACAGACAUGUACUAUUUCCACACAGCCAUCAUUCGAUCAAAUGUCCAGCUUGAGCAGCACCGAGCUGCCCAGCUUCAUCAACAGCAACAACAACAACAACAACAGUGGCCCCGCCACAAACAGCUCGUCAGGAUCCAUCCCUUCACCAAUCAAUGUAUCACCAUCAAUGUCAAAGAUCACAGCGCACGGUAUCGUGGGCUUUAUCAAUCUGCUCAGUGGACCAUAUCUGGUGUUGAUCACCGCGCGCACACCAAGAGGCGAGCAUCGUGGCAAGAUGGUCUAUGAGAUUGAGUCCACUCACCUGUUGGCCAUCGCCAACACAUCAGAGUUGGGCGAGCAUGAGAAGCGAUUGGAGGCCACACACAAGCGAUCACUCACCAGUCUCUUGCGCAACAACUUCUACUUCUCCUACGAGGCUGACAUCUCCAACUCCUGUCAGCGUCUUUCCAAGCCACUCUAUUACAAGCAAGACCGUCCCAACCAUCUGUAUGAGGUGUUUGAUGAGCGAUUCUAUUGGAACAGGUUCAUGCAACAACAACUGAUCGAUAAGAAGUUAACUAAUUGGAUAUUGCCACUCAUUAGAGGAUACUUUGAGUCUUACCAGUUCUUCUUGAAUGGUGACCCAUGCUUCUAUACGUUGGUAUCAAGGAGAAGCAAGUUCAGAGCUGGUACGAGAUAUAAUACACGUGGAUCAGAUCAGUUUGGAAAUGUAGCCAACUAUGUGGAGACUGAGCAGAUACUCAACAUCACCAAUCCCAUGCGUCCAAGGACACUGGCAUUCACACAGACCAGAGGCUCCAUCCCCCUGGUUUGGGAGCAAUCUGGUAUAAGAAUCAAGCCAGUGAUCAAGAUACAUCCUGAUCAAUCAGUCAAUCAAUCAUCAUUCAAUCUUCAUUUCAAGGAUCAGAUCGAUCUUUAUGGACCUCAAACCAUUGUAACACUACUAGACCAGAAGGGAUCAGAGGCAUAUCUUGGCGACUCAUACCUCCAGACAUUGCAAGCUAGCGAGGAACAUGCUCAGAAUAUUGAAUACAUUGCAUUUGACUUCCAUCACUUCUGCCAAGGCAACAGAUUCGAUAGAGUGGAUAUACUGGUGGACAACCUUGAGGAGAAGAUAGAGAAGAUUGGAUACCUGGACAAGGACGCCACGGGAUAUAAGACCCAACAGCAUGGUGGCAUUCGUACCAAUUGUUUGGACUGUCUGGACAGGACCAAUUUGGUGCAGUGCAUGAUUGGAAUCAAGGUGCUGAGCAACCAACUCAAACAUCUUGGCUUUGACCUCAGCAGCAAGGAGUCACUGCCGCUGUUGAAGCAGGUCAAGUUGGCGUGGGCCGACAAUGGCGAUGCCGUCAGCUUCCAGUACGCCGGAACAAACGCGCUCAAGGGCGACUUCACCAGGACGGGCAAGCGCAACACCAAGGGCGUCUUUAAGGAUGGCGUCAACUCACUGUCGCGCUACUACAUCAACACAUUCCUCGAUCGGCUGCGACAAAUAUCGAUUGACCUCUUCCUUGGCAACAUCUCCGUGGAGUCCAAUGCCAGCAACAUCCUCGAGAACCAAAAGGAGUCCGAUUGGGGUGAGUCCAGAAUGAAUGCCAUCAACAACUGUGUCGAUCACUUCCUCCACUGUGAGAAGGAUGGUCAGCAAGGAUUCGUCAAUGCCUGGAUAGUGAUCAGUAUCAACAAGAGGAAUCAAGAGCAAGAGAGGAUAUUGCUGUUGACAUUGACACACUUUGUGAGAUGCAAGUACAACUUUAAUGAGAACAAGAUUGUGCAUUACAAACAGAUACCUGUUAGUUCGAUUCGAAGGAUACAGAGAGGCUCAAUAUUGACUGAUGGUGGAAGGAAGGUGUCAUAUGGAAUGAGAGUCUACUAUGAUAAGUCGGCAUACAGGAAGUCCAAGAAGUCGGCGUCAUCAUCCUCGUCAUCAUCAAUGAGCAUGUCCACCACGACCACCACAGCCGAUCCAAGUAUCAUCGAUCAAUCCAUCAAUCCAUCUUCAUCAUCAUCGUCAUCAUCCAACACCACUGCCAGCAGACCAAUAUCAAUGAGCAUCCCACUUCACCAACAACAACAUGCCAAUAGUAUUGGCGACAGCCUUUCGCCAAACUCGCCACAGUUUGACAGUGGCAGCCCGACCAACAGCGGACUGGCCAGCGGCAUGCUCAAUCCAAGCGACGUGAAGGACUUCUUGUACCAGACGUACAUCGUGCCCAUACCCGAGGGCGAGACGAUCGAGUUCUCCAAGGACGUCAUUGCCGACAUGGCCGAGGUCAUCCGCGACACCGUCUUCACAGGAACGGGUUUUGCCAACUCGCAGCUGAGUCAAUCGUUCAUCGUGGAGGCGGACUUCAAGAGGAAGUCCACAACAUUUGGUGCGGCAUACAAUGGUUUGAAGCUGGGCUUCUAUUCAAAGUCCCCUACCGUGAGCAGCAAGGGAUCACUCAGCCAGACAAUCAGCAUUGGCAACAAGCGACUGAACAGCAGUACGGACAGCACUGCGUCGCCACGCUUGGAAAGUGACAGUCCUGUAGCACCGAGCUCACUGUCCACGCCACUGGACAUUCAACAGCAAGACUACACCAGAAGGUAA